AUGGGUAAUAUUGAAGAUCUAAAUUUACAGAGCAACACAGAUAUAGUUAGUGAAUUGCUUGUUUGGAAUGCAGAACACGUGGAAGAAAAGAAAAAGAAACAGGAGGAAGAGGAAGCACAAAUCAAAGCCAGAGAAGAAGCGCUUCUUGCUGAACAAGCGCGUUCAUCACAAGGAUCUGGGAGAAAGGCUGCGAUUUUACCAGAAUCAGCAUUUGCAGAACGCGAAUUUGCUGUUUCUACUCGUGAUAUUCCACUUUCACCUACAGGUGAUGGAUUUGGCAGAAUUCGAUUUGCACCAGAAGCUCAGUCUGAAAUGCCGCAUACAGGAUUCAGAUUUGUACGCCGUGAAACACAAUCAAUGCUUCCCGAAGGCUCUCGCACACCAAAAGGUGGUCCACGCUCUCCAAACGGAAAAUCUUAUGCUCAAAUUUUCCCAAGAGGUGUUGUCAACGCACCUCUUACAGAAUCUCGUGUUGCUCCAUCAGUUGUUUCUGCUCAAACAGAAAGGCCAACCCGCGUAUCAAGGAAGAAAUAUGAGAGACCAAAGCCAAUACAAACUGCUUUAUAA